CAACCAUGCUGAAGAAUUGCGGGAGGAAGCUGCUGCUGUCCAUGGUGGGCGCCACUCUCACCUGCCUCCUGGUCCUCAUGGUCGAUCAGCAGAACAGACAGCUGGAGUCAUCAGAUCUCCCCGGAUCUGAUGGCCCCGAGCUGCCCGAUGCAGCCGAGCCUGCCAAGGAUGCCCAGAGCUUCUCGGCUUAUUUUAGCCAGCUGACCCGGGACAGGAGGGACGUGGAGCAGGUGGCCACCCCCUCUGCCAGCAAGUCUCCUGUGGAAGAAAUCGCGGCUAAAGAUGUCUUCAUAGCCGUCAAGACCACCAAGAAGUUCCACCGAUCCCGGAUGGAUAUGCUCAUGGACACGUGGAUCUCCAGGAACAAGGAGCAGACUUUCAUCUUCACAGAUGGGGAGGACGAAGAGCUACAGAAAAAGACAGAUAAUGUUAUCAGCACAAACUGCUCUGCUGCUCACAGCCGCCAAGCCUUGUCCUGUAAAAUGGCCGUCGAGUACGACAAAUUCAUAGAGUCCAAUAUGAAAUGGUUCUGCCAUGUGGACGAUGACAAUUACGUCAAUGUCAAGACUCUGAUUAAACUGUUGUCCCGUUACUCUCAUACAAACGAUGUCUAUAUUGGGAAGCCAAGCUUAGAUCGGCCUAUCCAAGCAACUGAGAGAAUCAGUGAAAGCAAAAUGCGCCCUGUCAACUUCUGGUUUGCCACUGGAGGAGCUGGAUUCUGUUUAUUGAACAGUUUGCUUUUCUUUGGCAGUGGGGGACACUUUAUGAACACAGCUGAGAAAAUCCGACUUCCCGAUGACUGCACCAUUGGUUAUAUCAUUGAGUCUGUUCUUGGAGUGAAACUAAUACGAAGCAACCUCUUCCAUUCUCAUCUGGAAAACCUGCACCAAGUUCCUCAAAGUGAAAUCCCAAAUCAGGUGACACUGAGUUACGGAAUGUUUGAAAACAAGAGAAAUGCAAUCCUCAUGAAGGGAGCCUUUUCAGUUGAGGACGAUCCAUCAAGGUUUCGCUCCGUCCAUUGUCUACUGUAUCCAGAUACUCCCUGGUGCCCCAAAAACAUUGCCUAUUAGAAGACUUCGGAUCUUCUGCAACCUCGUCCCAAGUUUCCCUGGUAUCCAAAGGGCUUUUGUGGGACCAGUUCGUUGUCCUUGCUGUGAACGUCGCCAGUUUCUGGUGCUGUGCAUGGAAAGCACAGUGUUUCGUUUCAUAGGCUGCUGUGCGGCCAGUUAACUGUCUCUGCCUGAGCAGACAGUGACAGCUUAUCUCUGCAGAGUUUUUGGCACCUCCUCGUGUGACCAAGAGCCAUGGGGACCUUCUGGAAGGAGAGCCCGAAGAUUGACAUGCUCAGUUUGUGUAUGUCAGCUCGCUCCGUCAAAGACUCAUAUUAAAUGCUUAGCAGCGUCUGCAAUUCUUAUAGAAUGUAAGCUGAAGACCUGCCCCUUUCACUUUUGCUUCUUGUGAGCUACCUAGAGCUUUUUUACACUUGUUUUCCCAAAAGUAGAGUAUGUUUCGAAGCGCCAAUCCAUCCACGGUCCUGUUUAGCAGGCACCAUGGUUAUCAUGCCAUAUGAUGUGUGUAGAUUGCUUGGCUACUGAAAAAAUGUUGGUACUUUUUUUAUCUUUUUGUACAUUCUGGUCACAUCAAUAUUUUUCGUGGUGCU